AUGCGAGUGCCUGCCAGUCCUGGGAAGUUGAGAGUGAGUGUCCAGAUUCCAAGCACCGAACGUAGCGAGUGCAUCGAAAUCGGUCUCGUCGCUAUCACCGUCUCUGCUACCGUCACCAUCGUCACCCCUCAAGACAUACAUCAAAAUGCGACGCUCAAGCAGCAUAGGAGCAUCGUCCCACAGUCAGCGCACCACACCAUCAUGAUGCCCUCCGACAUUGCAUCCGUCAUUUGCAAUGCAGAAAGGGGUAUUGAUAUCGCCAAGAAGCACGUCAAGAACGGUCAGCGUACCGCUCCCAAGAGCCAGGACCCUUACCUGCUGCUCCUGGUCAAGAGAGCAGACAACCAGCGACAGUUGGCCGAGUGGGAAAGCAGCAGCCUUGGGUUUUGGAAAGCGUACACUGCAGCGGGCGUCGGGAAACUCUCUUUGUCAUGGACACUUGAUCACAACGACCACGUACUGACCUUGUCAUCCUUCCGCAUGCGCCUUUUCCACCUCGACCGUUCAAUCGCACCACAGCUCUACCGCUUCCUCGCUCGCCGCACCGACAGCCGAUUCAACAAGGCCGUUCUCCGCCGACUCUACAUGUCCAAGAUCAACCAGCCUCCCGUCUCCGUGUCGCGCGUCAUCUACCUGACCAAGUCGCAGGGCGGUGUUGCCGCUUCGGCCUCCGAGACCCCCAAGACUGUCGUCGUUGUUGGCACCAUCACCGACGACAACCGAGUCCUCGAGCUUCCCAAGCUCUCGGUCGCCGCUCUUCGAUUCACCAACACCGCACGUGCCCGCAUCGAGGCUGCCGGUGGUGAGUGCCUCACCCUCGACCAGCUCGCCACCCGUGCCCCCACCGGUAGCAACACCGUCCUCAUCCGUGGCCAGAAGAACGCCCGCGAGGCUGUCAAGCACUUCGGUUUCGGUCCUCACAAGAACAAGAAGCCCUACAUCCGGGCCAAGGGCAGGAAGUUCGAGAAGGCUCGUGGUCGUCGUGCUUCGCGUGGUUUCAAGGUGUAA